AUGCCAGUUCAAAAGUACGACGCCAUCGGCGGUUUCUACAACGACGUUGCCGAGAUUGCCACGGGCAAACUCCAACUAGCAGCUAUGCAAUCCCUCAUCGGAGACGUCAAGGGGCUCACCAUCCUCGAGCUCGCCUGUGGUCCGGGCUUCUACUGCCGAAAGGCCAUCGAAUGGGGUGCUCGCCAUGCCACCGGAGUAGACAUAUCGCCAGCGAUGGUCGAAGCAGCACGCGCCUGUGCAAACGGGGACACCCGAGUCGAAUUCCACAUCGCCGAUUGCAGCCAGCCAUUCAACUUCGGACAAUUCGACAUCGUCCUCGCGCCAUGGUUACUGAACUACGCCCGGAACGAGCAGGAGCUUAUUGGCAUGUGGCGCAAUAUCUACAACAGCCUGCAGCCCGGCGGUACGAUAAUCGGGAUCAGUCCGAACCUUGAUCUGCUGGAGGAUCCUUCGGGGUUUCCGCAGGGGCCUCGUUUUGGACAGGAAGUGAAGGUAGUGGGACAACGGAACCAGCUCAUCCAAAUGGCAGCGCCACCUCUCCCCUCCGCGACUCAGGUGUCUCUGGGCCAAAACAUUGUCCUCCAGCCCCCGCUUUCACGAUGCGGGCGUGGACCCGGUCUAAUCAUCAUCCGCCCGUAUAGCUAUGCAGGGUGUCAAGCAAAGAAUACCAGUCUUGACCCAGAGCCCGUGCAGAAGUGGGCAGAGGAGAGCUAUGCGGUGGUGCAGAUCACAUUGGAUCAUGAGGCGAGCGCGGACGAGAGCGGUGUUUUAGCGCUGGUGAAGAGAGGCGUUGAAGCGUUGGAGUCAUCAGAGGAGUUCUACGGUUCUCCCGCCGAUUAUGCGCCUGGGUUCGGAAAGGUCCUGGGCAAUGUCAUCACAGCUUGGGACAAAACGCUCGUGGCUGCAGUGCUCUUCAGCUCCUGGGACCUGGUUGAGGAACCGAUUCCUACCCUCUCACAUAUUCCUGGGAGCCUCCAACCCGCGAGUCCUACAAAGCAGGACACUCACACGGUUUACUCCUAUGUGGAUGUUUCUUCCGCCGGGUUCAUCGUCCCGGGCCAUGCCGACUUCAAAAUCACGUCUGCCGGAGUCGCACACACGCGAUCCCUGACGUUCCUGAAGAAACAGCUGGACGGGCCGUACUUCGAUCUCGAGAAGAUCUGGGACGAGCACACGUGGUACGAAUUCGGAGAUCGAUCCGUGGAAAAGACCAUGGCGACGAUGGUGCGGGAGCCGUACGUCAACCAUAUCCCGACUAUGACGGGCGGAAUCGGACGAGCACGAUUGAGCAAAUUCUACCUGGAGAAUUUCAUUUUCAACAACCCAACGGACACCGCACUGGAACUCAUCAGCCGGACGGUCGGCACGGACCGCAUCGUCGACGAAUUCAUCUUCAGCCUGACACACAACAAAGAGAUCGACUGGUUACUCCCCGGUAUCCCACCGACGGGCAAAGCGCUCCGUAUCCCAUUUACCUCCGUGGUGAACAUUCGUGGGGACCGUUUAUAUCACGAACAUAUCGCGUGGGAUCAGGCGACAGUUCUCGUGCAGCUGGGUCUGAUGCCGGAAUACCUCCCGUACCCGUAUGCCCUUCCCGGCGGACAAUUGCCCGGGCCCGGGAAGAGGUUUGAGUAUCGCGUGCCUGCUGCCGGAGUCGAGACGGCGAUGAAGCUGCAAGACGAGCAUGCAGUGCCGUCGAAUGGGAUGUUUGAGUUUAAGGUGCGCGAGGUGGAUGAUAAAUGA